CGUCCGCUCGCGGUGCACUGUGGGGAAAAUCCAAGAUGGCGGCGCCCAUGGCUGGUGGCGAACCUUUUUUCCGGCGCGCUUCGCCGUUUUGGAUGUCCUUUAUCACCGUCGGAUUUACCAUCUUCGGGUUUGCGGUGUACGCCCCCCAGUCUGUUCCCUGGUACAUGUUGGGUCCUGUGGGCACACUGACACAGCACCUCAUCAAGAACUACCCAGCACAGCUCUACAAAGGGUUCUGGGUAGCCUGGGGUAUCCACACAGUGGAGGCCGUCAUCGCUGCCAUCCUCACUGGGGUAAAGAACAUCGGUGGUGUGACCAGGCUGAAGUGGAUUGUCCAGACCCAGCUGUUUGGGCUGGCCUCUCUCUACAUGCUCAUUCUGUACAAGCCGAAAGCAAAGGCAUCUUAAAAUCACUUCCUUAAGGUGAUAGGUCAAGGUCAACACACUUCUUGUAGGUCAGAGGUCAAGGAUCAAAGGUGCAUGUCCAGACCCAGCUGUUUGGGCUGGCCUCCCUCUACAUGCUCAUUCUGUACAAGCCUAAAGCAAAGGCUUCUUAAAAUUUGUAAUAUAGGUCAUAGGUCACAGGUCAACUCGAAUUCCUAUAGGUCAUUGGUGAAAGAUCACAGGUACAUGGUUAUACCCAGCUGUUUGGGCUGGCCUCCCUCUACAUGCUCAUUCUUUACAAGCCGAAAGCAAAGGCGUCUUAAAAUCACUUCCUACAGGUCAUAGGUCAAAGCCAACACAAUUCUUGUAGGUCAGAGGUCAAGGAUCAAAGGUGCAUGUCCAAACCCAGCUGUUUGGGCUGGCCUGUCUCUACAUACUCAUUCUGUACAAGCCUAAAGCAAAGGCUUCAUAAAUCACUUCCUGUAGGUCACACUUCAAGAAUCAAACUUUGUGUAGGUCAGAGAUGAAAGAUCAAAAGUAGAUAUUUGGGCUGGUCUCCCAUAAUUGUCUUGAUCAAGCUUUUAGGUCAUAGGUGAAAGACCAAAACUGUCAAAGGUGGAAGUUCCUGACCAUGCAUAUGCAUGCCAAAAUGCCAAACUGUUGACCUCCAUGAAAAUGAUUCUUAUUGACUUAUCUUUCCAGGGUCCAUGGAAAAAAUGAUCAGAGGUAAAAGACUGCUUUGUUCACAGAGCAGCUGUCUCUUAUCUUCCAUAGUGAUCACAUUUUCAGCUAGCUGCUUCACACUUGUAUUACUUUCAAUCAGGUCACAGGUGAAAGGGCAUAGGUUAAGAGAUACUUGAUAUACAGUAGUGUGUAGAUUUUAAACUUUGAAAAUUGCACUCAAGUAAGUGAUAGAUGUAGGAUAUUGGUAGUAUUAACAGUUAGAAGUAAAAGUUAACAUGUAGGAUUCAUACUAGAGGUAGGAGGAAGUGUUAGGAAGAUAAUUGCUAACUUUGCUGCUACAAUUACAGAUACACAGGAAUACAGGUAGGAAGCCAUUAACCUCAGACGUAGACUAAAAAUGGGCUAUUUAGAAAGUAGGUCCUUUUUAGCAGAUUAAGAUAUGCAUUGGCUCCCUUUGGGGUGCAUUUAGGAUACAUAAUCUCAUGUUCAGUUCAAACUUUUUAUGGAUCUACAAAAGAGGUGGAGACUAUACUUUGUGAAUGAUAGUGUAGCUCUACUUCAGAGUAAAAGAUCUGGCCUUUCCAUUGAUAUUUACCGUAUACUGUAUUACUGUAUGCAAUAUACAUUGGGCUGGACUCAUCAUGUACAGGAAAAGCAAGCAGACAUGGUCGGUGGUGUGCAGACCAGACUGCUGAUAGUGUUUGUUGGAUUUCCAGAACAGAAAUCAAAAUUCCACCUGCAGCCUUGCACUGUACAAGCCACACCACAUCAAUGAAAUUUGAUCCAUGUAUCCAGACUACAUACAAUUCUGCAUAGGAUUGUAAAAUGUAGGAGCACAGUUUAAGGUUUGGUGAGGAAAGGAAUACUGGAAUAAUUGCUACCUGUUUUAUGUGUCUUUUUUAAAUCUUUCAAAAAUUAUUGUUUACAUGUUGUAAUUUAAAGCUUAGGGCUGUUAGUGCAGUACUGAUGCUGGUGUGAUAUUAUUGUGGUUUAUGUGUCACGUCUUUGAUCAUACAUUUUCUGAUUUUUGAAAAAUGUGUCUGUGCAGUUGGUUAUUUCCCUAUAUGUUUCAAAUAACAGAAAUUAGGAUUGAGUUUAUUGAAUGAUUAAAGAGUGUUUUAUAAUAGAGAAAAUGUCAAGAAUGGCACUAUGAA